UUGGAAGAGGAGAACGAUGGCGAGGAAGAUGAAACUGUGUCUGAAAGCGACCGGCAAAGUGAACAUAGUGAUCAUUGUACUGACACGGAGCAAUCAGCGGCAGAAUCUGACAAGGAUGAGCCAUCAACCUGUCGCGUAUCACCUGUGCCUACUCAGGAGUCAUUACGGCGUGGUCGUGGAGCUGGAGCCGCAGUAAUACAAAAUACGCAAUCUAUCACAAUUCGAGGCGUAUACAACGUCAAUGCACAAUAA